UGAUAAGAAUGCUAACUGAAUUUUAUCAGAUAUAAAACAAAUGGACAGCUCAAGAAAAUGCAACUUGAUAGGACAUUCCAGUUCACAAGAAGUUGUAGAAGAACCCUCAAAAGAGGGAAAUAGAGGUGCCAUAAAAUACUCUAAACUGUUAAUUUUGUCACAGAUUACACAGGCCAAUAAAAAAAUUAAAACUUAAAAAGAAGUUUCGAACUUGAAAAAGAUUCAGCACCCUAAAAAAAUAUGCUUCUAGAAGGAUUCUAUUUUCUUAAUUAAAGGUACUACUCCGAUUGUUGAGUGAAAAGCAACCAUGAGAAAUGAAACCAAUACCUUGACUAAAAGAGACAGAUCUCAUCAGAGAGAUAGAAAGUUCAGGUUUCUCAAGGAUGAAAAAGACUGGGUAUCUUUCUCUCUCAAAAAAUAACCCCUCUUCUUACACAGCUCUGAUCGAUCAGAAUUAGAUUUUUCAAGAACAAGCCAAAGAAUUCGUGAGUUUGUCUCAAGUCAGAACGGCUCUGUAUUUGAUUCGAACUCUGAUAUCCGCAACUUUGAUAUUAAACAUGGGAUCUUUCGAACGAACAAGGCAAAGCCUUAUUCUAAAUUCAGAUUUCAGAAUGCUAUGUAAGACAAAGUCCCAGCUAUUCAAGACGUACAGAAGCAAACAGAACAACUUCUAAACACUCAAAAGAGCAGCACAAGCUGAAGCACAGAGUGUUAGCAAUGGGAGUGACGAGUGGGCAAAGGAUUUUGGAAAGAAGGAAUAGCAAGAAGAGGAAAUUGAAGUGGGAGCUUUAGGGAUU